CAUGAUUAAAACCGAAAAAAAAAAUGAUUUCUCAUCUAAUUGUCGACCCAGUAAGAGCCUCUCUCUUCAGUGUUUCAUCGAAUUUGCAGAGGGAUUCAACAAUCUGAGAUUCUCCUCUGUAUUAAUGUCCCAAUUUCUUCAUUAUCCUUACGUUCUCAACAAACCCUUCUCGCUUACUACCUAUCGUCUCCAUCUCCGUGUCACCAAGCUAUAAUUGUCUUAACCCAAUAAGCAAAAGAAAAAAAACCUUCUUUGUAGAAAUCUCGAUUAUACCAAUUUCUUCAUCCUCCAUGUACUUUUCCUCUGUAUUACCCUGAUAAUGUAUAAGAUGUGCCAUGAACCUAUCAACAUCUCUCCGGCAGAGUCCGAGAUUACAUUCCCUGAGUUAGACCACCUCCCCUUGACGACGCGGCGAAGUUUAUUGCAAUCGAGUGAAAAAGUCUCUCAACGUAUCGCUGAUUCUGUGCCUGAAUCGAAUGUUGAUAGUAUCGUGAAAAGGGGAGAUGAUUGUUCUAAUGAGCUGGGUGUAGUGUCAAAUUGUGGUCCUCCAGAAUCUGCAAACACCGAAAAUUCUGUAUCUACAAGCAUUGGUUGCAGUCAAGGUCUAAAUGAUUCUGGAAACCUAAGACUAAGACCACAGAACAGCAUUCUAGCAUGCUGUAGUAAUGCCGCAGGGAGUGAUGCUCUGGAACAUCUCACACUGAAAGAGAGGCGCAAAAUGCUUCUAGAAAGGAUGGUGUCAAGGUUGCCAGAAUCCAACUUAGAGGAUAAUACUAAAGAUUGCGAUGAAACCAGUUUUUAUAAAGUAAAAGCUGAGGCUCCAUGCAAAAAUGGGAUAGCUUCGUCUUCUGAGGCCAAGUUGAAUGGCUUUAUAGAGAAAAUUGAUUCUUUCCUCUUUAAAAAGGCUGUGAUGGGUUCAGAAUCGGGAAGUCAGCUUAGUGGAAGUCAAGAGAGUGAUAUUCCGAUUGCUCUCGAGAGGUCUUUGAAGUUGUCCCCCGAAGCCAGUCCGCUUGAGUUAUCCAGUAGAGAUCACGAACACUCUCCAUUAACUAGCAGCGGUUAUGCAGCUUCAGCAGAAAAGCCGAUAAAUAGUGUAAAGAGAGUGAAAAGGAAUCCACUUCCUUUUAAUGUGAGUGAAAUACAGUCGGAUCAAGUAAAGGUUGAGUCUCUAGAUGAUUGCGUCAUGGAGAACAAUGACGAACGAGAUCCUGUUACCUCAGAGCAAGUACAAGUCAAAAGAGAGGUGAAAACCCUUGAUGAAGAGCUAGACUGCGCGAAAUUGAGCUGUCGCUUGAAUCUUUGUCCGAAACCUCCUAGGUUUGUGAAAAACGAAGCAGAGACCGCUAGUGAAUUGGAUGGAGAUGAGAUAGACCACAUGAAAUUAAUUGAUCGGUUAAAGCUUCGAUCUUUUCAUGGUUCAGGUCAUCAUGAAGAUCCUAAUUCUCCGUCGUCAGGUUUUAGCUUCUGUACAUCUGACGAAUACGUUAAACCAUUGAGGAUACUGCGUCCAUGGAAGCGAAAGAAAACCGCCACGGACUCAAUUGAGACAGCUCUGGAGGAAGAUGCUCCUGGUCUUUUGCAGGUACUGACUCAACAAGGGGUAUCAGUAGAUGAACUUAGGCUUUAUGAUGCAGGUGGAGGUGACUCCUCAGAUGAUUCACUUCUCGAAGAGAGCUUCUCGGAGCUCGAAGAUGUGAUCUCUCAGCUUUUCUUCAAACGCGGGACGGGCCCGAAACUCGUUAGCUUAAGCUUUUCAAAAGCUUCAAGAACUAGCUAUUGCUUGACCUGUCUGUUCUCCCUCAUCGAACAGGCUCGAUAUUUGCGGUUCCGCAAAUGGCCUGUUGAAUGGGGCUGGUGCCGUGAUCUCCAGUCUUUCAUAUUCGUUUUCGAGAGACAUAACCGGAUAGUAAUGGAACGGCCUGAAUAUGGCUACGCAACAUACUUCUUCGAGCUCAGCAGCACUGCAUCAAUCGCAUGGCAGAUCAAACGGUUAGUCUUGGCCAUGAAAUUCGCGAGCUGUGGCCGAUAUCAAAUGAUUGAAAACAAGCCAUUACUGGUAGGAGAAGAUAUGACGGAAGCCGAAGCGGAAGUACUGAUGAAGUACGGUUGGCUUGCCAACACGGGACUAGGGACAAUGCUAAACUACCGCGAUAGGGUCUUCCACGACAGGAAGAGCCAGAAAGAGACAUCGGAAUGGAGAUCUAAGAUCUCUAAGCUUCUUGUUGAUGGCUACAACAGUGGAACCAUUGUCUCAACUUUCAUUUCUCAUCAUGAUGGCGAUGAUGAUGCCGGGCUUGACGUGGGCGAUGUUAAGCUUGAGCCUUAUUGAAACUGUUAAUCUCUUGAUGACAAUUAGUUUUCUUGUUUGUAGAGUUUUUAACUGUCCAUAUGAAACCUCAGGGAUUGUUUAUUGAUUUGAUCAACUAAAUUUGGUGGAAAUUGUUAACAUUCAUCAAAUACAGUUUUUGCGUUUUAAAUCCCAAUAAAUUUUGACAUCAU